AUGAAAGUAAUUAACUCCUCACGUAAAGUCCAAAUCCCAGAAAAUGUCACCGUUGAUGUUAAGGGUCGUUCAGUUAAGGUAACUGGUCCACGUGGUACCUUAUCAAAAUCAUUCGAUCAUGCUUCAGUCGAUAUCAACUUAGUUGGUAAAAAAGAAUUAACUGUUGACUUAUGGUUCGGUAACAGAAAACAAAUUGCCUGUAUCAAAACCAUCACCUCUAUCAUUGAAAAUAUGAUCACUGGUGUUACCAAAGGUUACGAAUACAAGAUGAGAUUUGUCUAUGCACAUUUCCCAAUCAACGUUGCUGUCACUGAUGGUGGUCGUGUUGUUGAAAUCCGUAAUUUCUUUGGUGAAAAGAUCGUUCGUCGUAUUGAAUUAUUAGAUGGUAUCACCUGUUACCGUAACGAAAAAGCUAAGGAUGAAAUUGUUUUAACUGGUAACUCAUUAGAACUCCUCUCUCAAUCAUGUGCUACUAUCCAAUUAAGAUCUGCCAUUAAAUACAAGGAUGUUAGAAAGUUCUUAGAUGGUAUCUACGUCUCUGAAAGAAACGUCCUCGAAUCCAACUAA